AUGCAGAAGUGCAGUGGAUUUACACCAGAAGAACGGGCUUCUUUUCGGGAAACACUACGAACAACAAAUGCGGUGGAUACCUUCCGUGCCUUAUACCCACGAGCAGCCCCGGUGUAUACAUUUUGGUCUGCGCGUAUUAANUACUCCGGCACUCGUACAUAUAUAAAAGAUUCCAUCGCAGCAAAAUGGAAAACCACAACGGUAAAGGGAUUUAAUACACUUAAUACUAUACAAGGAGUGGGGCAAAGCGAUGGAGAUGAGGAAGGACGUGUACUCACAACUUAUUUUGGUACAGAUGGAAAGAAUGGAGGAGAUGGCUUUGCAUUGGCAUUAAUAAAUACAUAUAUUCCAAAUAGUGGAAUGACACUCGAACGUCUUCCCUAU